AUGGAACGUGGGAGGAUCAUCUUCUACGAGGACAGAAACUUCCAGGGCCGCCACUACGAGUGCAGCAGCGACUGCCCCGAGCUCAGCACCCACUUCAGCCGCUGCAACUCCAUCCGUGUGGAGAGCGGGGCCUGGGCGGUGUACGAGCGGCCCAACUACGUGGGCUCCCAGUACGUGCUGACCCGCGGCGAGUACCCAGAGUACCAGCGCUGGAACGGCUACAACGACACCAUCCACUCCUGCCGUCUCAUCCGUCACAUCUCCGGCACCUACCGCAUACGCGUCUACGAGCGGCCUGACUUCAUGGGUCAGAUGAUGGAGUUCAGCGACGACUGCCCCUCGCUGUCCGACCGCUUCCGCCACCGCGAGAUCCACUCCUGCAAGGUGUUCGACGGCGCCUGGGUCUUCUUCGAGCAGCCCAACUACCACGGGCGCCAGUACCUGGUGGAGCGGGGCGAGUUCCGCCGCUUCACCGAGUGGGGGGCCAUGGCCGCCAGCGUAGGCUCCAUGCGCCGGGUGCAGGAGUUUUGAGAUGUGUGUCCACCGCCGUGGCACCGGUGUCUGUCAUUUAGAUCCAAACAAUAAUGAUGCUCAUAAUAAAGACAUGAUGAAAGGGUUAAUAUUCACCUCCAGGCUGAGUGUCAUCUUUUACUCACACACACCUGUGG